GGAGUUACGGACCAUAUAUAUAAGGCUCUCGUCUCCUCCAGCAAAAUUUAAACUCGGCCGUUGGUUUCCCUUUCCUUUCCCAGCUUAGAUCAACUAACUGAAACUAAUAAAAUGUCGAAACUACCCUCAACUUCGAAAGAAACACCACUUCUCCUCUUCACUCUACUUCUGACCUUCCUACCCUUCGGGGUAAUUUCACAAAAUCCGAAUGCAGAACAAGCAAUCCUCUUGGAUCUCAGGCAACAAUGGGGCAAUCCACCGCCUCUUCAAUCAUGGAACUCCUCGUCCUCAACGUGCGAUUGGCCGGGGGUUGCCUGUACCGACGGAACGGUCACCGUACUCUCAUUUCAAAACUACAAUAUCACCGAGAAACUCCCGCCGGUAAUCUGCGACCUCAAAAACCUCACCGUGCUUGACCUCUCCUUCAAUUAUCUACCCGGAGAAUUCCCGAAGUUUCUGUACAAUUGCUCGAAACUGGAGUACUUAGACCUCUCGCAGAACCUUUUCGUCGGUCCAAUCCCCGACGAUGUUGACCGUAUCUCUGCACUACGUUAUGUUGACUUUGGCGCCAACAAUUUCUCCGGCAACAUUCCGCCGGCGAUCGGUCGAUUGGCGGAGCUACAAACUUUGAAGCUCUAUCAGUGUGAAUUCAACGGCACGUUUCCGAAAGAGAUUGGCGAUCUGUCCAACCUGGAAGUCUUAGUGAUGGCGUACAAUGACAAGUUUGUGCCGUCGAGAAUACCACCGGAGUUUGGAAAAUUGAAAAAAUUGAAGUCGAUAUGGAUCAAAGAAGCGAACCUAAUCGGUGAAAUUCCAGAAAUUUUGAUCAAUCUAACUAGUCUGGAGUAUUUGGAUCUGUCGAUAAACAACCUGGAAGGCCCAAUUCCGAGCGGUUUGUUUCUGUUGAAGAACUUGACCAGUUUGUUUCUCUUCCAUAACAGACUCUCUGGUGAGAUACCGAGAACUGUUGAAGCUUUGAAGUUAAAGGACCUCGAUCUUUCGAUUAACAAUUUGACAGGUUCGAUACCAGAAGAUCUUGGAAAGUUAAAAGAACUUGAACUUUUCGCACUGUUUUUUAACCAGUUAUCCGGUGAAGUACCUGCAAGUAUAGGCCUAAUUCCGGCACUGAUUUCUUUCAGUGUUUUUAGCAACAACUUGAGUGGAAUCGUGCCUCCAGAGCUAGGCCUCCAUUCGAACCUUGAAGCAUUUGAGGUUGCUGACAAUCAAUUCAGUGGCCAACUACCUGAACAUCUAUGCAGCAGAGGUGUUCUGCAAGGGCUCGUCGCGUUUUCAAACAAUUUUAGUGGCCAAUUACCUGAAUCGCUUGGUAAUUGCAGUACUCUGCGCACGGUUCAGGUUUACAAUAACAAGUUUUCAGGCGAAGUUCCGCUUGGGAUUUGGACGGCCGGUAACAUAUAUAGCUUGAGGUUAAGCGACAAUUUGUUCUCAGGACAACUUCCAAGUGAGAUAGCAUGGAACCUGUCAAGGUUGGAAAUCAGUAGAAACAAAUUUUCAGGCCCAAUUCCUGGUGGAGUCUCUACUUGGACGAGAUUGAUUGUUUUCCAGGCAAGUAACAAUCUUCUUUCAGGCACAAUUCCUGCAGAAUUAACUGCUCUUGCGAGAAUCGAUACUCUACUGCUGGAUGGUAAUCUGCUUUCAGGUGAAUUACCUUCAAAGAUAGUCUCCUGGAACUACCUUACCAACUUGAAUCUCUCAAGAAACCGGCUUUCAGGCCGAAUUCCUGCUGCACUUGGUUACUUGCCUGACUUGCUUUAUCUAGACCUAUCUGAAAACCAAUUAUCAGGUGAAAUCCCACCUGAACUUGGUCAGUUGAAGCUUACAAAUCUCAACUUGUCUUCCAACAAACUUUAUGGGAGAGUCCCGGAUUCGUUUGUUAACCUUGCUUAUGAAAGAAGUUUCUUGAACAACUCCCAUCUCUGCAUCGAUGAUCCAACUCUAGACCUUCCAACUUGUUAUGCUAAAGUUCGUGAUUCCAACAAGUUGUCUUCCAGAAAUGUUGCUAUAAUCCUAGCCCUUGCGAUUACUGUUUUUAUUGCUACUGUAUUAUUGACCUUAUAUGCGGUGAGAGACUACCUGAGGAAGAAGCGUGGACAUGAUCUUGCAACAUGGAAGCUCACCUCAUUCCAUAGAUUGGAUUUCACACAAUCGAACAUUUUGUCGAGUUUGACAGAAAGUAAUUUGAUUGGAAGCGGUGGAUCAGGUAAGGUGUAUCGGAUUCCGAUUGAUGGUGAAGAUGAAUUUGUUGCUGUGAAGAGGAUCUGGAAUGACAGAAAAUUGGAUGAGAAUCUUGAGAAAGAAUUUCUUGCAGAAGUUGAGAUUCUGGGCACAAUUAGGCACUCCAAUAUUGUGAAGUUAUGGUGCUGCAUUUCCAGCGAUGACUCCAAGCUUCUGGUUUACGAGUACAUGGAGAAGCAAAGCCUGGAUAAAUGGCUUCAUGGAAAGAAGAGAAAAUCAUCAUCAGGUUCGACCUCAGUCCAUAAUGUGGUCUUGGAUUGGCCUGCAAGAUUGCAGAUAGCCAUUGGAGCUGCCCAAGGCCUAUGCUACAUGCACCACGAUUCCUCCCCGUCAAUCAUUCAUCGAGAUGUCAAAUCUAGCAAUAUCUUGCUGGACUCUGACUUCAAAGCAAAAAUAGCAGAUUUUGGCCUUGCAAAGAUACUGUCCAAGCAUGGAGAACCCAGCACCAUGUCUGCUGUAGCAGGAUCCUUUGGCUACAUCGCCCCAGAAUAUGCAUAUACAACAAAGGUGAAUGAGAAGAUCGAUGUUUACAGCUUUGGAGUUGUACUCCUAGAACUAGUGACUGGGAAAGAACCCAAUUACGGAGAUGAGCAUACAAAUCUCGCAGACUGGGCGUGGCGCUACUAUGCUGAAGGAAAGCCUGUGGUAGACAUUUUUGACAUGGAGAUCAAGGAACCAUGUUAUUUGGAAGAGAUGAUUGCAGUCUUUAAUCUAGGACUCAUUUGUACCGGCGCAUUGCCAUCUUCAAGGCCUUCUAUUAAGGACGUUUUACAGGUUCUUCGUCGGUGUGAUUCGCUUAAGGGUGACGGAGAAAAGAAGGGAAACGAGUUUGACGUUGUUCCCCUUCUUGUCAAACCCCCUACUCAUUUUAGUUUCAGGCGUAGCAAGAAGCUAUCAGGCGAUGAUGAAGAUGACCACAGCUUUGUGUAGAGUAAGGAGUAGGCGAGAAGCCCACUGAAAGUUAGGAAGUUUAGAGACAGUAACUUGAAUCUGAACAUACAUUUUCGUUACCAGUAUUCGAGUUGGUAUGUAUCCCAACAGUGGACUCCUCUACUUGGCCACCUUUUUUUUUCCAGCUACCACUUAUUAACUAUAGAUUAACCAGCAAGCCUCUGGAUUAUAGAUAUUUUAGUGUACCCCGAAGAAGCAUGUGCUCUGGCAAAACAAUAUUACCCAGAUAUAACAGUAAGUUACUAAAAA